CUCAUCUGCGGUCGCCUACGACGCUGCGACUGUACCAGGACAACCGAUACCGAAGGAGACGACAUCUUAUGCUGGCGUGGAACUGUGCAGGAAUACCAACUCUCAUCUACGGUACGACUGAGGACGGCGUCAUUCUAGCUUCCUGGGCCUUGGGGUGUUUCAAGGUUUACGUCAACACCUCUGCACGUCCAGUCUCUUGCUCCUCAUCAAUAUUCGCGUUUUGAGGCCUCUACCACGACUCUCCACGGCAGUCUCUGGGCUGGAUUCUGCUAAUGAGCACUUCCGAGGAGCCUAGAACUGCGUAAGAGGUUCUACUCCCCACGGUCGCUACGGGAAAUUCUGCCUCGCGAUGAUCCUCGGCCACGCGCUUUCAAAGGCCUCUACUGUAAUACUACUUUCGCUCGCUGUAGCACUCAAUGCUGGCCUGACUACAUGUGACGACAAAAAUCCUCCAGGAUGCGCAGACUACAUUCGCGCCGGCCUUGGCUACGACGGACCUGUACAACUAACACAGACGAAGUAUGAGUAUUAUGUGACAACGCAACAUGUCACGGUUACUGCUGGUUCGCCUCCUCCGCCUUCGCCUCCGCCUCCCGACCAGGAUCUGGCUGCCGCCUCAGCAUGCUCGAGCAGUUGGAGUAAAUACCGCAGCCGCGCAUCUGCAAAUGUCGUCUGGAAACAUAUCACGACCACUGUGUAUCAAGCGCUGACCACAGAUCUCACUUACGGUACUGGAGAUGUUUACUCAACCGAACCUGUCUAUAGGAUACCAGUAGCCCGCGGCAACUUCACAGCGACGAGCACAGCGACGAGUCGAGUUUUGAACAUCACUUCUAUCAGUGAGACAGCUACGGAGUCGACUCGGAAUAAAACCCUUGCCAGGGCAACGCCGAGCUGCGAAUUACUCAAACCGAAGGAGUGCAGCAAGCUCUACGUGGAAUAUGUAUCGAGCCUUGGACUUCCAUACAAUGCUUCCGUGCCGAAGGUCACACCUGCGCCGGCCAAUUCGCCACCAUGUCCGGAGUACUUCUAUAAGCCCUUCUCGACCUGUCGAAAAUCGUUCGUCACGAGUUACUCCAACGAUUGCACAAUCAUGGGGAACAGCGUGCAACUCUUCUACUUUCCGACUCAGUCCACCACACCGACCAUUGAGCCUUCAGGAACCAUUACACAGCCACCGGCAGUAGUCUACGAAUAUGCUCCAGGAACCACAUUCACCUCGCCUUCGAUCUAUCUCAAAUUCGACUAUCUCUCUGCAGAGCGGGAAAUCAAUGCAAAUGAUGCAAUAUACUGCACAACUUGCAACGAAAAGGGUUGCGUGACGCAAGCAGUAGAUGGCGGGCAGGAGAGAAAGCACGAAGGGACGUCGAUCAAGGGUCAGCUGGUAUCUCUGGCACCACAGGAGGUUUCCAGUAUUGUGCUGAAUUUCGAUGCAAAAGAGGCCUCGAGCAUCAUCAGCACCAUGGCCCACAACCUACCAGGAUACGCAGAUGUCAUGGCAAAGGUCGCCGGCAACUUCAACGUGACUGCUAAGCCACUGAAUUUGAGCGAUGUUCUUCAUCCGCCGCCUGAAGCCUACUAUCUGCAGCCACUGGAAAACGCUCCUGGGUGUGACCCAUUAGCACCACAGCCGCAAUGUUCUACCAUCUACGAAGGAGCAUAUCGCGCACUCAUUUCUUUGCCGCAAGAGGUCACUGGAUUCCAGGGAGCGUGGAAGUCUUGCUUCCCGGUCAUCUACGGCGUUUACGAUCCUCCCAUAGCUCUGACAAAGGCCUCGGUGGCCGAGGCCCCUACAUUACCAGGUGGAUACAAACCGACUCCACGCCCUGAGCAACCGAACAACACGCCGCAAACUGCCGUCCCUGGGAACCUGCCUCAGAUUCCUCCUUUUGCUCGACCGACUGCGCUUCCGAAUGAGCUUCCUCCCGAAGGUAGUCCUGCUGGUCCGACUUUGCCUCCUGGUAGUGGAGGUUCGUCGGGUGAGAAAGGUGGUGGCAAUAAUGGAGGGUCGGGAAACAAUGGAGGAGGUGGUUCGGACAAUGGAGGAGGGGGAGGUUCAAACAAUGGAGGAUCAGGAAAUGGAGGAGGUGGUUCGGACAAUGGAGGAGGGGGAGGUUCAAACAAUGGAGGAUCAGGAAAUGGUGGAGGUGGCUCAAACAAUGGAGCAUCAGGCGAUAAUGGAGGAGGCUUCAACAAUGGAGCAUCAGGCAAUAAUGGAGGAGGCUUCAACAAUGGAGGGUCGGGAAGUAAUGGAGGCAGCUCGAACAACGAAGGUUCUUCAAACAACGGAGGAUCUUCCAAUAAUGGAGGGUCCUCUGGCGGUAAUCAAGGCUCAUCUGGCGGCGCUGGCGGUGACUCGUCCAACAACAAUAAUCAGGGCUCAGGCUCAGGCCGAGGCGGAGAAAAUGGGUCAGAAAGCAAUGGUUCUGGAGGCAGCGGCCAAGGUAGCGAGGCUUCCAACAACAAUUCUGGAGGCUCCUCUGGCGGCAAUGGACAGGAAUCUUCCGGCGGGAAUACCGAUUCAUCGGGCGGAUCUUCGAACAACAACAACGACAACGACAACGACGUUUCAUCGAAUGAUUCCGGAAAUGAGGACUCAGGGUCGAACUCGAAUGGAGGCAAUAACUCCAACGAUAAUAAUUCAUCUGGAGACGAAGGGAGCCCGUCACUUGCCUCAUCGUCGAUGCGGAGUAUGGGACUACAUCUCAUCGCUUUCUACGCCUGCUCGGUAGUCUUGCUUGCCGAGUUGUUGGCACCUUGAAAAGCUCAAGGACAAUUGAAGGCAAGCCGGUUACCAAUUGUAUUCGGCACGACAUCGACUGCAGAUUUCUGGCGCAGAGUAACUUGAUGCAUGGGGUAUGCCUCAGGCAGUCGUCCAUUCACUCUUGGCAUUCACUCGAGUAGUACUUCUAUAUAGUUUCUCGUACCUCUAUAG